UUCCCGAUAACAGAAUAUUUUAUUUGAAAAAGGGUUACAGUAAGAACGUUAGCAAGUCAACAAGAGCGUGCUGAUAUAGCCAACAGUUGGCCUAGCAAGCCAGUCAGCUACAGUGCUAGCUAGGCUAGCCAUCACUAGAUCAACCUAUCUAGCUAGUUGGCUUUACUUAUUUUCUAAACUAAGAAACGAACGUUGACUCUCUUUGAUGGCAGCUUGCUAACGAACGUUAGUAUAACUCACAUGUAUAAGCUGCAGCUUUGCAGGUCUGUUAGACUGCUAACUAACUAGCUAGCUAGCUUGAGCUGGUUAGCUAUCGCAUUUCAUUAAAGCCAGUCUGUAAAGUGUCCUAUAAUUUCAGCUAGAUAUAAGAGAAUAUCUUAUUUAACCAUCCCUCCCCAGUCUGCUGUGUAGUGUUGCUGCCUGCCAUACUGAAUAUGUCACAAGUCAGCUGGAGGCUAGGCAGCGAGGGUUUAAAGCAGAGAUGUUCUCCAUUUGAUUGUUUAGGCUACAGUCUAUCAUCUAUGGUAGCUAGUUGUGAUUACACUAUUGUGUUAAUCAGCAGGCUCGUAGUCACCACCCAGAAAACAGGGCCUAGUCAGAUCAAACUAUGAAAUGCCCUGUCUCUUCAUCCUCAGUAUGCCAAAGCAGCAUCUGCAACCAAGGUUGGAAAUUAACACCCGCCAAAUGUUGUCAUUCGCGGGGUAAGAAUGUCUAUUUCACCGGCCACGUUGGCGGGUGGUCACAGAGCAUUUGGGAAGUGUUUUAAAUCCAAAACCCACAUGUAGAAAUUGGCCGUUUUGACAAGAAAUACUACCAAAGUGUGACAUUGUCCUCGCGUUUCUUAGCCAGUUACAUCGUUUUGUUCACACGUUAGGUUGUUUUUCAAUGUUACUUUGAGUUUGCUGCAACUGUCUGCAGCUAGGAAGACGUCGUAGUUGGUGAUUUUUGUUGGUCACAGACAAGUGCUCAAGUUACCACGGUAACGGCCCGUCCCUUAAAGGGUUAGCUAAAAUGUUUUGUCUUUUUAAACACUUUUUUGAUAUUUUUAUUUAACUAGGCAAGUCAAUUAAGAACAAAUUCUUAUUUACAAUGACGGUCAAACUCGGACAACGCUGGGCCAAUUGUGCGCAGCCCUAUGGAACUCCCAAUCACGGGCCAGAUGUGAUACCGCCUGGAUUCGAACCAGGGACUGUAGUAGCGCCUUUUGCACUGAGAUGCAGUGCCUUAUUAGACCACUGCGCCACCCGGGAGCAAAUCUCACCUAAUGAUUGAGCAUGGAUAACUCCCAAAAAACUGUUAUACAUAGUCAUUAAAACACUCAAAUACAUUAAUUGCUCUCCUAGAUUUAUUUGUGUGCUUCUGUAUGUUUACAUAGGAGAACAAAAUGUCAGCAUAGAGCCCUGAACAAUCAUAAUACAUAAGUUGUAUCACUCAGCUGUUUGUGGCAGAACUGUUUCUCUAUUUUUACUGUUGUAUCUAAAAACAUUUUUUAAGUAACAUUAUUUUAUUUGAAAAUGUAAAAAAAUAUAUAUCCACAUACAAACGACAACAGACAGACGCACACAAACAUCCACAAUAUAACUCCUGCCCAGAUCCCCAUGCUCACACCCCCAUAUCCAGCGCCUGCAUCAUUCUCCGCCACAUGGCCUCAAACCGCACCAUUUGGUUUUUUCUCUCUAUUACCCACGCACUUUCAACAUUUUAGAUAAUAAGCAUUUGACAUUUCCAUUGUAUUAAAGAUGGAGGACUGGUUGAUUUCCAUUUUUUUAAGUGCAUGUUUUUUUCAAGCUAAUUGACAAGAAAAGUAGCGUUCAACCCAUAUCUCACUGCACACUCAUAUGCCAUAUCUUGAAAUAUGCAGACAGAUGGAUUAAAGGUACAUUUAGAUUGUAAUACUAAAUUAUUUAUUUUAACGUACAUUGGUUAUUAAAAGACACAGGUCACAAAUGUAAUGAUAUAUAUCCCAUUAUUUCUUAUUAGUAAUACAUUUCUUGUUUUAGAAACGAUAGAAAGCAUGCUCAUCCAUUUUUUCUGUGGUGAUUUUUGGUGUAAUUAUAGUGAAAAUAAUGUUUUGACUGGUAAGAAAUCUGAGUGACUGUUAAAAAAUAUAUAUAUAUCUACCUGCCACAGUGGCUGGCGGACCAUAAAGUUAAUUUCCCACCCUGGCUGCAGCCCCAAGGAUUGUAAUUGCGGAGUUUCAAACCAUACUGUACUGUCUUUGGUUUAAGUUCUGUGUCAUUGCCAUGAUACCAUUUCUAAGUAAAUGCCUAGAAAGUUAGGCUUAUGUGUCUGAUUGUGUCUGUCUCCCAAUACAAUGUCUCAUCAAAGCCACUCCAUGUGACCUUUGACAGUCCUGCUGAAUGGGAGAAAUGAGGGCCAUUUGUGAGUGAGAAACUUGUGUGUCUCAGUGAUGUGCCAUGGGGUAUGAUGUCACCAGGUUCCAAGGGGAGGUGGAUGAAGACUUGCUGUGUCCCAUCUGCAGCAUGGUACUGGAGGAGCCAGUGCAGGCCCCGCACUGUGAACAUGCUUUCUGCAACGCCUGCAUCACCCAGUGGUUCAAUCAGCAGCAGAUCUGUCCUGUGGACCGCACCGUGGUGACACUGGCUCACCUCCGGCCCGUGCCCCGCAUCAUGCGCAACAUGCUCUCCAAACUCCAGAUUGCUUGUGACAACGCUGGCUUCGGCUGCACAGCCACACUGCGGCUAGAUCAACUGCAGUCUCACCUGAAGGACUGUGAGCACAACCCCAAAAGGCCCAUCAACUGUGAGGAGGGCUGUGGGUUAGAGAUGCCAAAAGAUGAGAUGUGCAACCACAACUGCAUCAAGCACUUACGUGGCGUGGUACAGCAGCAGCAGACCAAGAUCUCUGAACUGGAGAAGAAUGCUGUAGAGCACAAGCACCAGCUGGGGGAACAAAAACGGGACAUCCAGCUGCUAAAAGCCUACAUGAGAGCAAUACGCAGCACCAACCCCAACAUGCAGAACCUGGAGGAGAGCAUUGAGUACAACGAGAUCCUGGAAUGGGUCAACUCCCUCCAACCUGCACGGGUGACACGCUGGGGCGGGAUGAUCUCCACGCCAGACGCAGUUCUCCAGGCGGUCAUCAAGCGUUCACUCAUCGACAGCGGCUGUCCUCUGUCCAUCGUUAACGACCUGAUUGAGAAUGCCCACGAGCGCAACUGGCCGCAGGGCCUGGCCACGCUGGAGACGCGGCAGAUGAACCGGCGUUACUACGAGAACUACGUUGCCAAGCGGAUCCCUGGGAAACAGGCGGUGGUGUUGAUGGCCUGUGAGAAUCAACACAUGGGAGAGGACAUGAUCCUAGAGCCUGGCCUGGUCAUGAUCUUUGCCCAUGGGGUGGAGGAGAUCUUAUAAGAACGCAAGGAGGGAAGGAGAUUUUCUAAGAAAUUAGCCAACAUUAGGAGAAUGUCUAGUGUAGUUUGGCAGAGAGGAGUGCAGACAUUUAUGUCAGGGAUUUAUUCCUCAAAAAAAAAAAAAAUACUCCUCUCUAAAAACAUACAAAUUAUGGGUCUAUUUCCCGAUGGAAAAAAAUAUAUGAAAAUACACACAUUCAACUUAUCAGGUGCAGGACAGAAGAACGAAUCAAAGAAAAAAGAAAUGGUAUGCUCCCAUGGUGAUGUAAUCAGACCCUAAAGAAAGACAAUGUUUUGAUCCCUGAAGAUCCAACUCGGAUCGAAACAUUGUCUUUUUGCGUCUGAUUAAAUCAUCAUGGGAGCAUACCAGAGUGGCAGACAUCUUUCUUUUUUUUUUUCAAUUUCACAAUGGUUAUGUAAAUGUUUGUCUCUUGAAAGAUGAAAGUGAAAAGGGGGGGGGGAUUAAGCAGAAUGGAAGAUCGGAAAGGAUCCUAAAAUGACCAGAAGAGGAGUAUUACUUACAUAUGAGCUUAAUAUCUUUGCCUUAAAAGGACAUUUCCAAAAAUACACCUGGAAAAAGAACAUAACUGAUAAUAACCAGGAUAUUCUAAGAUGGAAUGUUUACAACAGUCACAUAAUGUGCUAUUAAAAGCUUUGUCUGAUCUUCUAAGUUUCUCUAGAUUCCCCCAUCAUACAUUGUUGUGUAAAUAAAUGAGCAUAAAAAUUAUGUAAAUACAAAUAUUAUAUUGAAGAAAUAUACACUCUCUAGCUAUUCUUCUGAUACAAUAAUUAGACAAUGUGAUUUUUGUCCGUUGGUUUCCAUCUGCAUUCACACAGGAAGCACAAUUCUGAUUUAUUUUCCCACUAAUUGGUCUUUUGGCCAAUCAGAUCUUUUCACAUCAGAUCAUUUUCAGAGCAGAUCUGAUUGGUCAAAAGACUAAUUAGUGGGAAACGAUCAGAAUUGGGCUAUCUGUGUAAACAUAGGCCAUGUGUUUCAGGAUGCUACCUUUGGACAUGUUUUGCUCGCUCCAGCAUUGUUUUUUGUGAAUAUGUCAUGAUGUUUAGCUUAUUUUCUUGUGCCAUGCAUUUUAUUUAUUUAUUUGGAAGACUAUGCUUGAAAAUGUUUUCGUGUUAUGUAAAUACAGUUAAGCUCAUAAUUGUCCUUUUGCUUCUGUUGUACAUAGUCAACAUAAAGUUGGGUCCAAAUGACAUUAAACGUUUGGGAUGUAA